ACCUCUUCUCCUUCCCCUUUAAAUUCUAUUCUAUCGCUCGAUCUCCUUCAAUCAUAAAUCAUCUCGAUCUUUCUUUCAUUCCUCAUUUUCAUUUCCAACCAAAAAGUAGAAAAAAAAAAAUUCACCUGUAUACUUUUUCUGUCCCCCUUGUUCCGUUAUCUUUCACGUCAUAUUUUCCGUGAUCACAAGUACUUCUUCUAUCUUCGAAAAUAAUGGCGGUCGAAAAUUCGGAACCCGAAAUUCCGAAAAACAACGCAACCACCAUGCCGAAUUUCCUCCUGUCAGUUAAACUCAAGUAUGUCAAGCUAGGUUACCAUUACUUGAUCUCAAACGCCAUGUAUCUUCUCCUUGUUCCGUUACUAGGUAUUAUUUGCCUUCACAUUUCGACAUUUUCGUUACAAGAUCUCGCGCAAAUAUGGAACCACCUUAAAUUCAAUCUUGUGACCGUUAUAACGUGUUCGACUCUAAUAGUAUUUUUAGCGACGCUCUACUACAUGAGCCGGCCGCAAAAGGUCUAUUUACUCGAUUUCUCGUGUUACAAGCCCGAACCAGCCCGAAUGUGCACAAAAGAGCUGUUCAUGAAAAGAUCCGAGCAGAAUGGGAGCUUCACCGAAGAGAACUUGGCAUUUCAAAAGAAGAUCGUCGAGAGGUCAGGAUUAGGCCAGAAGACGUAUUUUCCUGAGGCCGUUUUGGAGGUACCUCCGAAUUUAAGCAUGGCUGAGGCCCGAAAAGAGGCCGAGAUGGUCAUGUUUGGAGCUAUCGAUGAGCUUCUGGCGAAAACAGGAGUUAAGGCCAAGGACAUAGGGGUUCUUAUUGUGAAUUGUAGUUUGUUUAAUCCGACACCGUCUCUUUCGUCGAUGGUUGUGAAUCAUUACAAGCUUAGAGGUAACAUUUUGAGCUAUAAUCUUGGUGGUAUGGGUUGCAGUGCUGGCCUAAUUUCUAUAGAUCUCGCCAAACAACUUUUGCAGGUUCAACCGAACUCCUAUGCGCUAGUUGUGAGCAUGGAAAACAUAACUUUGAACUGGUAUCUCGGCAACGACAGGUCAAUGCUAGUCUCGAAUUGCCUCUUUCGUAUGGGAGGAGCUGCGAUUCUCCUCUCCAACCGAUCAUCCGAUGUUCGACGUUCAAAGUACCAGCUCAUCCACACUGUCCGGACUCAUAGAGGAGCCGAUGACAGAUGCUACAAUUGCGUGUUCCAAAAGGAGGACGAGAACAAGAAAGUUGGCGUCGCGCUGUCAAAAGACCUGAUGGCCGUGGCAGGGGAGGCCUUAAAAACGAACAUCACGACACUCGGGCCACUAGUCCUUCCAAUGUCCGAACAAAUCUUAUUUUUCGCAACAUUGACGCUUAGGAAAAUAUUUAAAUUCAAGAUCAAGCCCUACAUUCCGGAUUUCAAGCUCGCGUUCGAGCACUUCUGCAUCCAUGCAGGAGGCAGGGCAGUAUUAGAUGAGCUAGAGAAAAAUCUCGAACUUAAAGAGUGGCAUAUGGAGCCUUCGAGAAUGACACUUUAUAGAUUCGGCAACACUUCUAGUAGCUCAUUGUGGUACGAAUUGGCGUACAUGGAGGCUAAAGGGAGGAUCCGAAAGGGCGAUCGGACCUGGCAGAUAGCAUUCGGGUCGGGUUUCAAGUGCAACAGCGCGGUGUGGCGUGCAAUGAGGACCAUUAAUCCUGCAAAUGAAAAGAAUCCAUGGAUUGAUGAAAUAGAUGAGUUUCCAGUGCAUGUGCCUAGAGUAACACAAAUGGUUUCUUGAAGACUUGAACAAAACCGUUACUUUAUAUACCGAAUGAUUGAUUGAUAUUUAUUUGAUGUGUAAAAAAGAUUGUGUGAUCAGUGUCUAUUUUCAGGACUACAAUUUCGUGUUCAUAUUUCCUAUCAA